ACAAAAUCAAAGUGGUUCCAUUUCUCUCAAGGCUCAAACUUCUCCUCUAUUAAUAAAGCAAUAAAGGGGAAGAAUGUAUUUUUUCUUUCCCUCCAAAUCAUUCAACCUAAACUCAUUGUAAAAGGAGCUACGUGGAGAUGGAAAAGCAAUUCAAGAUCUUCGUGUAUCUCCAAGGGGAGCCCCUAGUGUUUCAUGAUGGUCCUUGCAAUUAAGAGCAUAUACUCCAUGGAAGGAAAUUUCAUCCAUAAGCUUGACUUAGGUAGCAAAUUCCCAACUAAAGACCCUGAGAAAGCACAUGUUUUCUACCUUCCAUUCAGUGUAGCCAAGAUGCAAGGAAAGACCCCUAUUGGAAUUGAAGCCUCGGUUCUGACCAUUUCAUGCUUUCUUGCCAUGAUUGGAACUCCAUCCGUGCUUUAUGCAAUGCCAACACCUAAGAAAAAUUCAACCCCAUCAAGGAUGUGUCCAUACCAGAGAUCAACCUCCAAACUGACAAACUACAAGGCUUGGUUGGGGGCCCAUCUCCCUCGCAUCGUACAAUCUUGGCUUUCUUUGCAAGAGGGGUGCAUGGCCCUAUUAGAUCUGUCCUACUUGAACACUGGGAAAACAAGGAUGAAGACAUCAGGGUACACAAAUACCUUCCUAAAGGGGUAUAUAUCCUACUACGAUAUGAUGAGGAAGAGUAAAUACUGCCUUUGUCCAAGUGGUUAUGAGGUUGCCAGCCCCAGAAUUGUGGAGGCUCUAUACAAUGGAUGCGUUCCAGUGUUGAUUUCUGUGAGUUAUGUCCCUCCAUUUAGUGAUGUCUUGAAUUGGAAGUCGUUUACUGUUGUACUUUCAGUGGAUGAUAUCCCUAAUUUAAAGAACAUACUAAAUGGCAUAUCCUAGAGGCAGUACAUAAGAAUGUAGAGAAGGGUGCUGCAUGUAAGAAGACAUUUUGUGUUCAAUUCUCCACCAAAGAGGUUCGAUGUCUUUCACAUGAUCCUUCAUUCUAUUUGGCUGAGAAGACUUAAUGUUAAAAUCAAUGAUGGUCAUGGAGCCAUGAUCAUUUGAUGAAAUUAAGAACGGACCACACUGAUAGGUAACAAAAACCAGGAUGAUUACUCCUUUGUUGUUUGCAAUUACAGUUAGUUUUAUUGAGUUUAGCCGUGACAGUAGGGCUACACAUGUCCAACAAUACUUUUGAAGUUACAGCACAGUGAUUAGCUAAAGUAAUGAAACAGGGCAACUAUUGCUUAGUUAGCUUUUGAAUGUAACUUAGGAAAUAGGCUGUUGGUUUUGAAGCUUAGUUUGUAUUGAUAUGCUGCCCUUUUUUGUUGUUUAUUGGUAUGUUAUACCAUUGGCUACUUAGAAGGAGGCGAGGUAGCACAACUUGGGGAAAAGUAAAAGUCAAAUCUUAACUUUUCAUUGUAAUUCUUUCUAUGUACAAAAGGUUGAAUUAAUCAGAAAUGCUGUG